GCCCAGGUCCCAUCACGUGGCCUUGCAGGGUUUUGCCCCACGGGGCCACGCCCUGCCAGGCCGGGUCCCACUCCUCCCUCCUCCUCAGCGCGGAACCUCGGCCGCCAGCGCCAGGCCGCCUCGACGUUGGCGGAGGUCAAAGCCGCAACGGUCCCGGCACGAUGUGGAGGGCGGCCCGGGCAGCGCUCCGAGUCUCUGGAGUCCCCCUCCAGACCUGGAGGCCGAUAUUCACAUCGUCCUUUUUCUCCCAAAAGGCCGCGACCCUGACAGUCACGCCCAAGACUGGGCUGGCCGACAAGCGCCCGGAUAUGAAAGCAGAAGGCUUGGGCUCCGGGGAGCGGGUGACCCUGAGAGUGUCGGGCGUCCGCCACCGAGGCUGCCUCUUCCACUCCCUCGUCCACUACGAGGUGGACAGCGGCGAGGGGCUGGCCCUGGCCAGGGACCUGGCUCUGGGCGGCGACUUCACGGGCGUGUGGCCCAUGGGGCUCCUGUGGAGCCUCAUGCCGGCCGCUUCGAAGGAUCCAUGCCUCAGUCAUGCCGAGGGCCGCCUUGAAAAACCCCCUCAAAGUGGAGCAGUCUCAACCUCCUGAGCCCAAGCGUCCUCCCACCUCAGCCUUCAGAG